AUUUUUAUAUGGAUUAGUGCACAGCGAGAUUGAAAGCCAGUGAAUAUGAUAUUUCUCAAGGAUCUUUGGCCAAGUGUAUGCUCCCACUUGGCAACAUUAACAAUCACCAUCACUUUUGCAGAUGUACACCUAUAGACAUAGCUUUGAUCAGAAGUUAACAUAUAUCAAUCAUAGGAUUGAAUUUCAUGGUAAUUAAGGGCUUAAAACACUUUUUUAAAUACUCUUUUUCCAGGGUAAAAUGAUUGUACAACAUACAGCUUUAAUUAUUUAAAAAGCAAGAAUUAAGUGCACAACCUUGAAUUGAUUGGAUUUUCUCUAAUCCAUAUGCUUUGAUAAAAAGUAGAAACACAGGCUCAAAUAUAUACAUACACUCAAAGCGUUUACUAAGUGGUGCUGAAUGUUCUAAGAUGUCUAUCAAAUUGACAAAGCCAAGGACUAUUAACUUCUUGUUACUGAUCAUGAUUAACUGCAACUGGUAGCUUCUCUUUGCAGCAUAAAAAAAGGAUUUGUUUGACAGCACUCAUUGGAUUUACCAAACUUCAGAACUAUGGGAAAGUCCAAGAAAAUCAGUGAAGAUCUAAGAAGGAGAACUGCAAAUUUACAGAAGUUGGGAAAGUCUAUUGGAGCAAUUUUUAGAUGACCACAGAAUCCAAGAUAACCAGUUAAAACAAUCGUAUGUAAGUACAAGUUAUUUGGCUGUGUUACCACUUUGCAAGGGUCUGGAAGAAGACCCAGUGUCAUGAACCUCAAUUCACGCACACAAGUGGGGCCCAAAAACAAACUCAAUACACUUCAGUGCGAGCAAGUACAAGUUUUAUUAUUCAACCAAAGGUGACCCAGAAUAACCAAGGGAUGUGAGAGGCUAAUUGCAGAACUGAAGAAAACUGGCAUCACAGCACAGGGAGGCUGUGAUCAGGACCGUAGAAGGCUGCAACAGAAAGGGGAAAAGGUUACUAGUGUGCAGGGGAAUGGAGACACACAACAAGGCAGGGCUAGAGCAAUCUGGCUUACGAUCAGAGCCAGACUGUGGGACUCGGAGGGGAAGUGUGUCCGUGGGAGUUCAAACCAAGGAGGCGGAGACGAGAUCAGGUGGUACACUCUGAGAUCCAAGCAGACAGGAGGACAGGCAGGUCGCAGGCACAAAACGCCGGACAGUAACCUGAACGUUCACAAAGCUUUGCAGGGAGCCAAGUUACUACUGAGGGGUGACUAAAGGACUGGCGUGGAGCAGCUGUCUGUGCAGGGUUAAAUAGUCCUCCUGGUAAUCGCCUGGAAUGGGAUGCAGAUGUGAUGGUGACAGCCCAACCAGAGGGUGUGGCCACUGAGGCAUCCCAAACAUUCCUCAGACACAGAGCCACAGACCAUGACACCCAGAUUGUCGUCAUGAAAUGGGAUGAAAUUGGUGAGGAUAUUCAGGAACUGCUGGAACACCAGUGUCACUGUUGACUGUGAAGUGAAUUUUGCACUGCCACCUCCUGCCGCAGAAUUACUACUUUCAAACUGAAUCUGAAGGCUUCCCAAAGUGGAUGGAAUAAUAAAGAAUUCAACAUUUUUCAAUCUGACCUCAAAUUAACAGCUGGAUAGUUGAAACUUGCACCCUCUUGGGUGUUCCAGAGGAUAAUGAUCCCAAACACACAUCAAAACCUGAAUAGAUAAAGAGGACUAACAUUAAUCUUCGGGAACGGCCUUCGCAAACUCCAAAUUUGUGGACUGUGUGUGUGCGGACCACAUGGGUGUCUUACAUCCUCGAUCUUCUAUAUUUUGGACACAUGGGUCCAGACUGUCAGACUUCCAUCCCUCUUAAUGAUAGAGUACCCUUCCUGGAGAUCUGCAAACCUCGUUUACCCACAGGUACAGAACAAGCAGACAAACUUCCCACCACUCCUCGUCUCAUUAAAACAUAUCUACCAGUCCAGUUUGUACCACAGUCAUUCUGGCAGCAGCGCUGCAGGAUAAUCUAUGUGGCCCGUAAUGCAAAGGACAAUGUAGUGUCUUAUUUCCACUUUGCACGCAUGAACAGUGCCCUGCCAGAACCAGGAGACUGGAGCUCCUAUCUGCAGGAGUUCAUGGAGGGGAAGAGGGCUUUUUGGUCAUGGUAUGAUCACGUGAACAACUGGUGGGAGAAAAAGGAGACUUAUUCAAAUCUUUACUACAUGUUCUAUGAAGAUUUGAUUGAGGACUGUGGACGAGAAAUAGACCGACUGUGUUCCUUCCUUGGUUUGUCUCCGUCAGUUGAAGAGAAGGAAAGAGUCAGAGCCAGUGUGACGUUUGACAGCAUGAGACAAAACAAGAUGACCAACUACUCUGAUGUCAAAACUAUGAACCACAAGGUGUCUCCUUUCAUGAGAAAAGGAAAAGGUGGUGAUUGGAAGAACCACUUCACUGUGGCCCAGAAUGAAAAGUUUGAUGAAGACUACAAACAGAAGAUGAAGAAUCCCGAUCUAAAGUUUCGGUUUGAAAUUUAGAGCCCCCACUGGGUGUGAC